ACUGCCAAAAAACUGCGCGCCAGCUUCGACCUAUACGACAAGAAUAAGAGUGGAUCGGUCGACAUCUAUGAAAUGACCCAGUGCGUUGCGUCUCUCGGACACACGCUGACGGCUGAACACAUUGCUGACAUCUUCAAAACUGUGGACAUCGAUGGAGAUGGAAAAGUGGACUUUGAUGAAUUUGUUCUCAUCAUGAGCAAA